AUGGAUAAGAAGGAUCUAGAAAGAGAGUUUCACAUGACAGGAGGAGUUGGGAAAACUAGUUAUGCAAGAAACUCUUCCCUUCAGAAGAAAGCAUCUGAUGAGGCAAAACACAUAACACUAGAGACAUUACAACAACUCUUCAAAGAGACAAAACCCAAGAGUUUAAGAAUAGCUGACUUAGGAUGUUCUUCAGGACCAAACACUCUUUCCACCAUUAAAGACAUCAUCAAAGCCAUCAAAUUUUCUCACCACCUUGAGAUCCCAAACCAGCCUUUGCCAGAAAUCAGCUUCUUCCUUAACGAUCUCCCUCGAAAUGACUUCAACUCAAUAUUCAAAUCCUUGCCUGAUUUUCACAUAGAGCUCAAGAAUCUUGACAACAACAAUGGUGCUUUCCCUUCAGUUUUCAUUGCAGCUUACCCUGGAUCAUUCUAUGGAAGACUCUUCCCUGAAAAAACCAUUCACUUUAUCUAUUCUUCUUACAGCUUACACUGGCUUUCCAAGGUUCCUUCAGAUAUUUAUGAUGAUCAAGGCAAGUCCAUAAACAAAGGUUGUGUUAAUAUUUGCUUCUCGAGCCCUGAAGCUGUUUCCAAAGCUUACUACACUCAAUUCAAGGAAGAUUUCUCCAAUUUUCUUCGGUUUCGAUCGAAAGAGGUGGUUGCUGGAGGCAGAAUAGUGCUUAUAAUACUUGGAAGAGAAGGUCAUGAUCAUGUAGAUAGAGGAAACUCUUUCUUUUGGGAACUUCUCGCAAGAUCCAUAAAAGAUCUUGUAGCACAGGGAGAAACUGAGGAAGAGAAACUUGAUUCGUACGAGAUGCAUUUUUACGCCCCAAGUGGUUCUGAGAUAGAAGAUGAAGUAAACAAAGAAGGGUCUUUUGAGUUAGAGAGGUUAGAGAUGUUAGAAAUGGACAAGGAGAAAGGGAACAACGAGGAUGUAGUCAGUUAUGGUAAAGCGGUUGCGAAGACGGUAAGAGCGGUUCAAGAAUCAAUGCUUGCUCAACAUUUUGGAGAAGAGAUUAUGGACAAGCUGUUUGAUACAUACGGUAGAUUGGUUGAUGAGGAGUUGGCUAAGGAAGAGAUAAGACCCAUCACAUUUGUUCUUGUCCUAAGAAGAAAGGUCUAA